AGUCGCAGUCGGAGCAGUUACACAUCUGCGACGUUUUCGGGACAAGCUACGAACCAGAAGUGCAGGUUGUGUCCCGUUCACUGCAUCUCAUACAGCGAAAGAGACUUUAAGGAGAGUCGCGCGAGCUGUGGAGACUGACUGUGUUUAACUUUAAAGCUGGAGGUUGUAUUUCAACGAGCUCGGUUUAAAUACGAAAACGAGUGCAGUGUUUGAAGGCCGGGAGCUAAAACUACUAUUGUGUCACCCCUGAUGUUCUCAGCCGCUGUUGACUAGUCUAAAGUUCAUCAAUGCAGGCUGGACACAAACUCCCUGACAGAGCUUCAAUGGCAUCCUAUCCAACAACAAUCCCAAUCUGCUGUCUCGACGAUGACCUGUGGAAAGCCUCAAGCACUGACUGAAGAAUGGCGAGGUUUAGGCGCAAGUCUUGCAUCACAUUAGUUGUUUUGGUGCUGCUUGUGCUCAUAGUAACGGCGGUCUUGAAGGCACUGAUACCAGAUGACUCUCCAUUUAGCAGCCCUGUUGGUGUGGAACUGUUCCCGGACAGGAAGAGUCACAAUCAGGCCCAGAAAGAAAACACCAAUAAACCUGACCAGUCCAAAAUGAGUGACUCGGCUCAGUCAAACAAACUGGAAGCUGCACUGAGGAAGUUCCCUCCUCCAAACUACUAUCUUCACGCUUUCUACUACUCAUGGUAUGGGAACCCCAAGUUUGAUGGCAAAUACAUCCACUGGGACCACCCGCAGCUGCCACACUGGGACUUAAAGGUGGCUCAGGGGUAUCCGCAAGGGAGACACAUCCCACCUGAUGACAUCGGGACCAACUUCUACCCCUCAUUAGGGGCUUACAGUUCCAGGGAUCCCUCCAUCAUAGAGUCUCAUAUGCAGCAGCUGCGCACAGCAGCCAUUGGUGUUCUUGCUGUUUCAUGGUAUCCUCCUCAUAUGAAUGAUGAUAAUGGUGGUCCAAUGGAUGACAUUGUGCCUUUGCUGUUGGAAGUGGCACAUAAAUACUAUAUUAAGGUCGCGUUUCACAUUGAGCCAUACAAAGACAGAGAUGAAGUCAACAUGUUAACUAAUGUCAAAUACAUCAUUGAGAAAUACGGGGAGCACCCUGCUUUCUUCAAGUACCGAACAAACACUGGCAAGCUUCUUCCUCUCUUCUAUGUGUAUGACUCAUAUCUGAUGAACUCGGAGCAGUGGGCCAAACUGCUCAAACACACAGAGAGUAACAGCAUCAGGGAUACCCGAUAUGAUGCCAUCUUCAUCGCCCUGCUGGUUGAGGAGAAACAUAAGAGGGAUAUCCUGACCGCCGGUUUUGAUGGCAUCUACACCUACUUUGCGACUAAUGGGUUUUCCUAUGGGUCCACUCAGCGGAACUGGGACUCCCUGAAAGCGUUCUGUGAAGAUAACAACCUGAUAUUCAUCCCCAGUGUUGGCCCCGGGUACAUUGACACAAGCAUUCGACCCUGGAACUUCCAAAACACGCGAAACCGCAUCAACGGCAAAUACUACGAAACCUCGCUGAGUGCAGCGUUACAAGCCAGGCCUGAUUUCAUCUCUAUAACAUCCUUUAAUGAAUGGCACGAGGGGUCUCAGAUCGAAAUGGCCAUUCCCAAAACCGGCCAGACUGUGUAUCUGGACUACCUGCCCAAUAAACCUGCAAUCUACCUGGAGAUAACUCGCAAAUGGGCUGCGAUCUUUGGCGGUGAGCGACGAAAAUGGCAGGAUUGAGCCGUAGCAAAUGUUUAUUAGUUGGUUGUACAGCCAACUUAUUUUUUUUAUUCCACAGGCAAGUGAACUAAAUGAUCUUAAUUCUGGCUGCAAUGAUGUAUGUGAUUUUUUUUUACACUUGGGUAAAUUAUUGUUAAUUUAACUGAUGUCUUAUUACUUAUGUUUACACAGCCUUGCACAUUUGGGGAUUUGUAACGUAAUAAGCAUGUUUUAUCACCGACUUUGAAGAAUCCAACAAAAACUGUUCAUAGACUUGUUUUGUUGUGCAGCAAUCUGUGCCUAAUAUGAAACCUCGAUAGAAAGAAAUAAAGUGCACCCUGGAAAGGAGGGAAAGUAAAC